GACCCUGAACGCACCUGCGCGGUCAUGUGACAAAGACCAUCGAGUGAUUGAGACACAAAAAAAAAACAUUUAAGAGACAGAAAACAAUGGACGGACGCGACAUUCCCAACGCUGUCAUUUGCAAAUACUGUGGAGAAGUCUUCACUAUAGCUGAGGAUGAUGAUGCUGAGAGCAACGUCCCUCGGGUGCUUCUGUGCGGCCACAUCUUCUGCACAUCGUGUCUGCAGUCCAUCCAACUUGACGGCGUCAUCAGAUGCCCAGAGUGUGAGGUUGAGUCCACCCUUCCUGAAGAUGGGGUGCAUUUCCUGCCAGAAGACAGCAGAAUCAUUGGCCUCAUCUACACGGCGAAAACGAACAUGAUGAAAAACCUCCAGUCUCAGCGAUCAAAUAUUCGCAGGAGGAACAGGUUAUUAUCGUCCACCGAUCUUAACGGCAACACUGUGGAUAAGGAGCAGUUAACUGGACGGGAGGAGGCUGCGGUGCCUGCUGACACUGAGAAGAUCAAGAGGACGGUGGAUGAGGCACUGGUCCAGGCGGCAGAAAAUCUUGCCCAGCUGGAACACAUCCAUGAGAUUCUCACUACAGGUCUGGAAGAGCAGGUGAAGAGAGAGAAAGUUCGGCUGGUGAUGGAGAUCAAGCAAGCGGCAGACAAGGCUUCACGUGCUAUCCAGAAGUGGAAGGACGUGCAGUUGAAUCAGCUGACGAGAGUGGAGGCGCAAUUCUCCGCCAGCCACGCGGCAGCGUGCCGUGUCCAGGAGAGGAUCAGGGCCUUGGAGAUUGCCAUGCAGAUGGCCAGAGGGGUACAGCUUGUCCCCCUCCUGGAGCAGUACUGUACCCUGGAUAAGGUUCUGGAGACACUGAAGGCCCCUGUGAAUAACCAGUCCUUCAAUAUGAAAAGCAUCACUAUGGAUUCUGGAAUGAGCUGUGUUUACCGGUCAGAAGUUCUCAACCGGAGUCUGUCUCUGUCUCUGAAGAUGGAUGUCAGCAACCCAAAGCACCUGUCCGCGUCCCCGCCCAAAGACUACCAGGCGCCCGGCUCCAACAGAAAACCACCUUUUCAAUGGGUCGAGGGUAGAAAGAGAGAGUGUGUCUCACCCCAACAGGGCAGGCCCCCCUCCCCACAACAGAAAGACCAGCAGAGCUGGGCAGCAGCUGACAGACCCGCGCUCCGAGGCUGCUCCUCUCCGAGCCCACGAUCUCGCCGCAGGUCCAACCGUUCUCGCCACAGCUCAAGCUCAGACAUCGGAACUCCUGACGUCAUCAUCGAGGGGGUUUUAGACGAGGGAGAAAAACAUGCGCCCCCACCCACUGGCCCCGAGCUGGCCAACGACAGAUGCAGGAACCCCAGGAAAAAGAAAAAUCUGUGUUUUGGCAACAGGAGAAAUGCCAACUUGUCCCAGUGGGUGGUGGUGAUGCACAUCGUGAAUCCGAGUCACUUCUACGUGCGCUACGUGGGCGAGAAGAGGGAGAGCGAGAUCCUCUCCAAGAAGAUCAACCACUUUUGCGGCAGAGAAAGUUGCCACUUCACCUCCAGUGACACGGUGGAGACUGGCUCCAUGAUCUUCGCGAACUGGAAGGAGGAACUCUGGUGCCGGGCCAGUGUGGUGGAACUUUCGCAGAGCGGCUGCACGGAGACAGUGAAAGCCUGCAGAGUCACCCAGCUGGCCAGUGUCCGAGUCUUCUUCUUCGACAGCGGCCUCACCAAAAGUAUCACUGUACAGAGUGAGGACGGGACUCCUGAGGUUUCACUGAAGGCCGUGAACAAGCACCUGAGGAAGGUGGGCGAGGCGGUAAACGUGGACCUGGAUCAUUUUGCUCCUCAGGCCAUUAGAUGUUCCCUCAAAGACCUAGUCCCAUACGACCUGACAAAAGGCUGGAGUGAAGAGGCACAGGCUGAAUUCCGCAACGUGGUCAGCUCCGCGGCGGUGGAGAUGAGGCCUUUCGGUCAGGACAGAGACUCUUUGUUGGUGGACCUGAGGAAAGCGCCCAUGGACCAAUCCAGUGACGUUUCCAUCUCCGUCAGAGAGUACCUCGUUUUUAUCGAGGUGGCCAGGUUUUACUCCCCGGUGACGCUGAGCAACAGGCCGCUGCUCUACUACCCUGCUGUCAUCCCCAAGAUCAACACAGAGCUCAACGCUGUGGUGUCUCACAUCAACAACCCUGCUAACUUCUACAUCCAGCUGGUGGACGACAUGGAGUCCCUGUUGCUCUCAGUCAAGCUCCAGGAAUGUUACAAUGUGACGCCAGUGGAUGGACGAGACGACCUCAACAUCUACUGCCCCACGAUAGGACAGGCCUGCGUCGCCCGCUUCGACGACAAGUUGUGGUACAGAGCUCAGGUCAUAGGUCAUCCAGGUGGCAGAAAAGUGGAAGUGUUUUUCGUAGACUUCGGCAACGUCAAAAUCUUGUCAGUCAGCGACUUGAGGAAGAUCAAGGAUGAGUUCUUUGUGCUUCCUUCCAUGGCGAUCCACUGCUGUCUGUCGGAUGUGGUUCCUCUGGACGGAGCGACCUGGACCGACGCCUGCACCGUCAGGUUCAUCAGCCUGGCUCACGAGAAACUGGUCACUAUCGUGGCGAAAGGUAGAAACGUCAAGUUUGGGCCUCUGCCAGUCAAACUGUUGGAGAGCAGCCUGAAUGGGCCACGGACCAACGUCGCCGAGCUGCUGGUCAAAGAGGAGCUGGCCUGUUUUAAAGACAGAUUUAAGUCGGAGCCUGCCAGUCACCCGGAUGAUAAUGACUCUGUCGUAUGGGAGCCCGGUUCGGCCACAGAGGAGGGCAUCAAUUCCCCGGACCAGAAAACGAAAAUCCCCCAGGAUCAGGACGAGAACAAUGAGGAGCCGCUGGAGUUUCAGCCCUGGCUCGAAGCCCCCGUUCAACUCAAAGACCUGAAAGUGAUCGUCAGCCACGUCAACUCGCCGAGCAGCUUCUACGUGCAGCUCGCGCAGCACGUCUCUCAGCUCAAAAGGGUUUGCGACCUCGUGAAGCAGGAGUGUGUCCUCACCGAGCCACAGGACGUGGUGUGGGAGGCCGACGCCUACUGCGGCGCUCACGUCAACGGGGUUUGGGAGAGAGGACGGGUCUGCUCCGUUGCCACGUCCACCGACAUCGCAGAGGUGAUUCGCUGCGAUCACGGCAACAAGGUGAAGCUCCACAUCAGUAACCUGCGACCGCUGCCGUCCUCUUUGAAGGGCUCGCUGGCACUGGAGUGCACGCUCACCGACAUUAGGCCGGCGGGAGGUGGAUCCACCUGGACGGCCACGGCCUCCAACUUGUUCUCCCACUACAUGACGGGAGCCUCGGCUGUUAUGACCAUCAAGGAGUGGUCGGAUCAGUGUCCGGUGCCCGUCGCUCUGUUCUGCACCGACGCGACGGGGCAGUCGAUCAGCAUGGCAGACUUCAUGGUCAGCGAGGGCGUCGCCCUCCGAGAGAGAAAACCAAGAGACGACGUCACCCAGAAACCCAAAGGAGCCGAUGCUCCGUCUCCAGUGAGCGAGACACGGAGUCCUCUCAGCUCUGACGACCAGAAGACAAAUGGUCCUCAUCCUCCGGCGACUUCUUCCGUCACUUCACCCUCCCAGUCCACUUCCGUCGUGUCCCCUCGCGUCCCUCCGAAACCGGCCCCCCGCUGCAUCUUGUCUGCUGAGAGGGUGAAGACCGAGUUGUAUGACCCCCCGGAGCUACCGUGCCUCAGUCACAUCCAGAUCAGAGUGUCUGCCGUCGGGGAGGACGGUCUCAUUUACACCAGAACACAGAAUGCAGAGUGUCAGUUGGAGCAGCUCCGGGAGAGGAUUCAGCGGAGCAUCAAGACACUGCCCAGACAGAAGCCCUACACCUGGAAGUCGGUCCAGGGCUGCGCCGUCUGUGGGCCCGACAUGUUGUGGUGCCGAGGGCAGCUGCUGGAGUUGCUCGGAGGACAUGUGAAGGUCCAGUACGUGGACUACGGCCUAGUGGAGACGAUCCCCGUGGUCCAUGUGUACCCGAUGCUGCUGUGUGAAGAAGUUCCUCAGCUGUGUUUACCCUGUCAGCUGCACGGCGUCAACCCUAUCGGCGGCAGGUGGCAGCAGGAUGCAGUGGCCCUGCUGAGGGAGCUGCUGCUGAACCGCUGUGUGGACAUGCACGUCGUGAAACUGCCGUCGGAUGCGAGGGAACCCCUGACAGUUGAGAUCUUUCUCGACGGGCUGAGCCUCAGCAGGAUCAUGUGUCACCACGAACAUGCCUCCAUGGACCUGACUGGUUCCACACAGGGCCACACGGUGAUGUCUCCGGCCCCCAUGUUGGACGACUGGGACAUCGACACUGAGGGUCUGAAGGGUCCCGAGGAGCCGAUGCUGGGGCCCUUCAUCCUCCCAAACUUUCCACAGAAGAAAGAGCCGUUUCCAGUCAGGGUGAAGCAUCUGCAGACGCCCAACGAGCUGUUCCUGUGGCCUGUGGAGGGAACGGCAGACGUGGAGGUGGACGGAGAGACGCUGGACGAGGCUCUGACCAGAAUCAACGCAAACAUCAACAGUCUGCCGCGACUCACCAGCUUCCCUCGUGAAGGUCCAUGUCUGGCGGAGUACAGUGACGGGAAGUUCUACCGGGCCAAGCUGUUGAACCUCAGCAGCGCGGAGCCCGUAAGGAUCCUGGUCCAACAUGUCGACUUUGGCUCCGAUGACAUUCUGCCCAUCUGCAAGCUGCGUCAGAUGCCGGCCGAGCUGCUGAGGUUCCCGUCGCAGGUGCUCAAGGUCAAAGUCGCCGGCUUCAGAGCGCCGAGCGUCAACUGGGAGGGACAGGUUCUGCCCUACAGCCCCAAGUGGAGCGUGAAGGCCGCGCGCGACAUGAUCGACCUGCUGCACGGCAACAUCACGGCCUCCGUCGUGGCCGAGGAACCGGAGCUCACAGUUCUUCUGUACAACAAGGACGGACAGUUGGUGCAUCUGCCUCUGGUGAGCAGCGGACUGGCCGAGCUCGAGUGAAGAGGAGACAAACCCCUCGACACCACAGGUUCACGUUUUGUUUUGUUGAUCGUCUUCGUUUCAUCUUUUCAGAGCAGCGACUCGUUUUAAGUUUGUUCAUCUGUGGUGUUCCAGUGAGCUGCUGAGUCCACUUCGUUAUGGUGUCAGAUGAGACUUGUCUGAAUGUUACAGAUUAAAAGUCUAAAGUUCAA